AUGACGGCGACGGAUGCUCGGGCGAUCUUGUCGCUUGCCUCGCUCCUUCUGUCCCUCCUCCUCCUCCCACUCCUCCUCCUCCUCCUGCUACCAUCCACCCCUAACAGCCAUAGCGUCAGCGCCCUCUUCGCCCUCCUCCACCCGGUGAAGCUCCUCCUGCCCUACUUUGUGGGUUUCUACCAGACCGCAGAUGCCGCGAAGAGAGUCUACGUGAACUGCGAUGAUGGCUCAGACGAGAGCGGCGACGGGAGCAAGAUGCUGCCAUGGCGAACUUUGACGCGCGCAAGGGACGAGAUAAGAAGAUUCCAGCGCCGGUUUGCCGUCGAGGUUCUCGUCCAAGGGACUUGCCUCCCCAGGGACCAGCAUGGGAGGGUUGACUUUGCUCUUCCCCUUCUCGAGCUCGAGCAUGUCGACAGCGGGAGCGAGGGGAGACCGAUCGAGUAUGCGAGCCAGCACCCCCACCGCCCCGCCCUCCUCUCAUCUGGCCUGCGUAUCCCUCACUCAGCAUGGAGGCGGCUGGUGGGAGAAAUCUUCACUGCCAACUUGACUGCCGUGAGCCUGCACGGGGCUGGGAGUCUCGAGGGAGAGUUUGGGGUCGUUCUUGAAGCCCACGUCGACAGGACCCCAAUGACGUUGGCGAGGUACCCGAAUGUCAACAAGGACGGGACCUUCGGAUGGAUGCAGAUCGAGAGAGUCCUGAACGACCAGACUGAGUUCUCGAUCGCAUCAUUAAGGGCGAAGAGAUGGCGGACGGAGAAGGACGUGUGGAUCCACGGGUACUGGGGCUUCGAUUGGGCCGAUUCUCAUCUUCCUGUGCGAAGUUUGCAGUUCUCCAGCAAUGAAACUUUUGUCUCCGUCGGCGCGCCUGUGAUCUAUGGAUUCAAGGUGUUUGCGUUUGCGUUUGCGUUUGCGUUUGCGGCAAAAUUUUACGCAGUCAACCUCAAAUCGGAGCUUGAUUCGCCCGGAGAAUAUUUCAUAGACAAGGAAGCGAUGCUCUUGUACUUCUGGCCGCCGGGUGAUCUUCACAGUCAGGAGGCUGUGUUGAGUAUGGGACAUGACGGAAUUCUGAUCGGAGCAAACCACGAUCAAGUGAAUGACUGUAAGAAGAAGAUUGAGCAAGUCAAGGAAGGCACAACGAGCGGAGGCGGAGGAAUCAAUGCUUUCAGCGAUUACAUGGCAAACAAAGAAAGGCAGAAGAAGAUUUUCGCAUCUUGUUUGGGAGAGCCCGCAGGGAAAACCUCGCAUAUCACCUUCAAGAUAUCAAGAGCGUCUCAUAUCCGCAUCAUCAACGUCAGUGUCUCAAACAUCGGCAAGACUGGGAUGGACGUCGAUGGAAGCGACAUUCUCAUCUCCUCGACCAACGUCUCCUUCUGCGGAUGCGGAGGGAUCGCUCUCAACGGAGGGAACACAACCUCCCUCACGAGAUCGAACAACGAGAUCGAGCUCGCGGACAUCCACAACUUCGCUCGUAUCCGCCGAUCAUACACGCCAGGCAUCGGAUGGAGAGGAGGAGGGCAUUCAAUAAGGCAGUCUCACAUUCAUCACGCUCCUCACUCUGGCAUCCUUGGCCUUGGAAACGAUUGUGAGUUUGACGGCAAUAUCUUCGAGUCGCUGGCGUUCGAGGCAACGGACACAGGUGCCUGGUACUCAGGAAGAAGUUGGAUAAAUAGAGGAAAUAUCAUCAGCAGAAACAGAUUCGUUAAGAUUCGCAAUACUGUCGGGAUGAAUCUUGGUUUCCCAGCGGUGAUGGGGAUAUACCUCGACGACAUGCUGUCUGGAAUUUCCAUCACCAACAACUCUUUCGAGGACGUUCAGGUCGGUGUGUUCGUGGGAGGAAGUCGCGAUGUCUCGAUCGUUUCCAAUCGCUUCUUCAACGUCUCGCAAGCUGGCGUCAAGAUCGACGACCGCGGGCUCAAUUGGAGGAGCGACAUUUGCAGGUUCGACUCAAACUUCACUGGACUUCUAGCCCAGCAGCUUCUGGACGUGAACUUCCUGUUCCCUCCUUUCGCGACGUCGUAUCCCUCCCUCCCUCCCACGCUCAGCCUCUCCCCGUGA